CAGCCCCCCGCCCCGCGCCCUCUAAUUGGAGCCAGGCGCUGCCCACGUCCCCAGUCCGGCGGGGAGGCGGCGAGGCGAGGGACCGGGACAGUCGCCGCGGAGGGAGGGACGGGAAGAUGAGCCCCUCGCCGAGCCUGGUGCCCUCCCUGCUCUCUGCCAGCCUGGCGCUGAGCUCCCUGCUGCAGGGCGCCGCAGGGGGCCCCAGCUUCAGCCCGGAGGCCUGGCUGCAGCAGUACGGGUACCUCCCCCCCGGCGACUUGCGGACCCACACCCAGCGCUCGCCCCAGUCGCUCUCGGCUGCCAUCAGCGCCAUGCAGAGCUUCUACGGCCUGCGGGUCACUGGGACUGCAGACGCCGACACCAUGAGGGCCAUGCAGCGGCCCCGCUGCGGUGUCCCGGACAAGUUCGGGGCCGAGAUCAAGGCCAACGUUCGGCGCAGACGCUAUGCCAUCCAGGGCCUGAAAUGGGAGCACAACGAGAUUACGUUCUGCAUCCAGAAUUACACGCCCAAGGUGGGUGAGGCGGCCACGUUCGAAGCCAUCCGUCGGGCCUUUGGAGUGUGGGGGGCGGCCACGCCGCUGCGCUUCCGCGAGGUGCCCUACACCCAUGUGCGCCAGGGCCGGGCGCCACAGGCCGACAUCAUGAUCUUCUUCGCCGAGGGCUUCCACGGUGACAGCACCCCCUUUGACGGGGAGGGGGGCUUCCUGGCCCACGCCUACUUCCCCGGCCCCCACAUCGGCGGUGACACCCACUUCGACUUGGCCGAGCCCUGGACCAUCCGCAAUGAUGACCUCAAUGGGAACGACAUCUUCCUGGUGGCCGUGCACGAGCUGGGCCAUGCGCUGGGGCUGGAGCAUUCGAACGACCCCUCGGCCAUCAUGGCGCCCUUCUACCAGUGGAUGGACACUGAGAACUUCGUGCUGCCGGACGAUGACCUGCGUGGCAUCCAGCAGCUCUACGGGAGCAAGUCGGGGGUCCCCACCAAGGCCCCCCCGGUGCCCCGCACCACGGCCAGGCCCCAUGUGCCUGACGAGCCCAACAACCCCCCUUACGGUCCCAACAUCUGCGACGGCAACUUUGACACCAUUGCUGUCCUGCGUGGGGAGAUGUUCGUCUUCAAGGAGCGCUGGUUCUGGCGGGUCCGGAAUAACCGGGUCAUGGACGGGUAUCCACUCCCCAUUGGCCAGUUCUGGGUCGGUCUCCCGGCAUCAAUCAGCACGGCCUAUGAGAGGAAAGACGGGAAAUUUGUCUUCUUCAAAGGUGACAAGCACUGGGUGUUUGAUGAAGCCAUGCUGCAGCCUGGGUACCCCAAACCUCUCCGGGAGCUGGGCCGGGGGCUCCCCACUGAUCGCAUCGAUGCUGCCCUCUUCUGGAUGCCCAGCGGGAAAACCUACUUCUUCCGGGGCAACAAAUAUUACCGUUUCAAUGAGGAGAGCCGCUCAGUGGAUGCCGAGUACCCCAAGAAUGUCGCCGUCUGGGAGGGGAUUCCUGAGUCACCCCGUGGGGCCUUCAUGGGCAGUGAUGAAGCCUUCACCUAUUUCUACAAGGGCGGCCGCUACUGGAAGUUCAACAACCAGCAGCUGCGGGUGGAACCGGGCUACCCCAAGUCGGCGCUGCGGGACUGGCUAGGCUGCAGGGGCGGCCGGCGCGAGGACGAAGAGCGGGAGGAGACCGAGGUCAUUGUCAUCGAGGUGGACGAGGCGGGAGGCGGGGCGGUGGACCUGGCUGCCGUGGUGCUCCCCGUCAUGUUGCUGCUCUGCGCCCUGGCGCUGGGUGCCGCCGUCCUGGUCUUCAAACGCCGCGGGACCCCCAAGCGGCUGCUGCACUGCCAGCGCUCCCUGCUGGACAAGGUGUGAGGGGUGGGGCUCCCCAGCCCUGCCCGCCUCCCUGGCCCCACCCCCUGCUGGACAAGGUGGGGGGCGGGGUUCCCCUGGCUCCUCCCCAGCUCCGCCCCCCUGCUGCACAGCCAGCGCUCCCUGCUGGACAAGGUGUGAGAGGCGGGGCUUCUCUCUGGCUCCUCCCCUUAAGCUCCUCCCCUUCCCUGCUGGACAAGAUGUGAAGGGUGGGGGCUUCCCCUUGGCACCUCCUCCUUUCUGACAUUCCUUUCUCCCCCACCCCCGAAGCGUGCUGAGCGCGCUCAGUAGCCUGCGGGGUGACCCCUGACCCCCUCCUCUUGUGUAACCAUGUGUCCUUUGACCUCCUGGGAAAGGUCAAAGUUCAGGUCCUUCAGCUUCCCCUAUGACCUCUCAACUUUCACCUCACCAGAGGGGAAGCCAAUGGGAGACAGCAGUGUGAUUGCCUCCCCAAAGGUCAUGCUGGCUCCUCCCCCAAGUCUUGGGCUCAUGACCUAGCCAAUCAGCUUGGCUCUAUUUCCCCUGUUGGUUGGGUUGGGUUGGGCUGAAUCUCCAAUUGGUCUGUGUACAAAGUUGGGGGCAGGGCCAUCUGUGGAAUGGAGGACCUUGGUUGGCCCUCAGGUACUUUAGACAGGGCCUUGGGAACCUAGGGCUGGAGCCACAGAGGGGGCGGGGCCAUAAGCACCAUGGGGGUGGAGCUAGUAAAAGAGG